UCUUCCAGCUCGAACCCGGGCUCGCCUGCCGCUGGCUCCCUCGGCUCCCGGCCGGGCCGCGGGUUCGGUCCCGCCGCCGGUGCGCCCCUGAGUGUCCCCGCGGGCGAUCGCUCACGAUGAAGCUGGCUCUGCUCCUGCCGUGGGCGUGCUGCUGCCUGUGCGGCUCGGCGCUGGCCACCGGCUUCCUCUACCCGUACGGCUACCCCGAGCCGGGCGCCGGCUCUCCCGGCAGCGGCUACGCGAGCCGCCGGCACUGGUGCCAUCACACGGUGACCCGGACGGUGUCCUGCCAGGUGCAGAAUGGCUCGGAGACAGUGGUCCAGCGUGUGUACCAGAGCUGCCGGUGGCCUGGGCCCUGUGCCAACCUCGUGAGUUACAGGGCUCUCAUCAGACCCACGUACAGGGUGUCCUACCGCACGGUGACGGCGCUGGAGUGGAGGUGUUGUCCUGGCUUCACCGGGAGCAACUGCGACGAGGAAUGCAUGAACUGCACCCGGCUGAGCGACAUGAGCGAGCGGCUGACCACGCUGGAGGCCAAGGUUCUCCUGCUGGAGGCAGCAGAGCAGCCCGCGGGCCCGGACAAUGGCCUGCCAGCCCCCCAGAGCACCCCGCCGCCCUGGAACGAGGACUUCCUCCCCGGCGCCAUCCCCCUCGCCCACCCGGGGCCCCGGAGGAGGAGGCCCACGGGCCCUGCCGGGCCCCCAGGGCAGACGGGCCCCCCAGGGCCUGCAGGUCCCCCGGGCUCCAAAGGCGACCGGGGCCAGGCAGGAGAGACGGGCCCGGUGGGGCCUCCGGGGCUCUUGGGGCCGCCAGGGCCCCGCGGGCUUCCCGGAGAGAUGGGGCGCCCCGGCCCCCCAGGACCCCCGGGCCCAGCAGGAAGCCCGGGCCUCUCGCCAAGUGGCCCCCAAGGUGUCCUGUACUCCCUGCAGCCGCCUACAGACAAGGACAACGGAGACUCCCAGCUGGCACCUGCCGUGGUGGACACAGUGCUGGCGGGCAUCCCAGGGCCCCGCGGCCCCCCCGGUCCCCCAGGGCCCCCAGGACCACUUGGCCCCCCAGGACCCCCUGGAGCUCCUGGAUCCCAGGGCCUGGCUGGCGACCGGGCAGUGGCGGGGCCAUCUGCUGAGCCUGAUGUGAAGGGAGAAAAAGGGGAGAAGGCGGCGGCCACAGAGGGCGAGGGGGUGCAGCAGCUGCGGGAGGCCCUGAAGAUCUUGGCCGAGAGGGUCCUCAUCCUGGAGCACAUGAUCGGGAUCCACGAUCCCCAGGCCUCCCCUGAGGGUGGCUCCAGCCAGGACGCAGCCCUGAGAGCCAACCUCAAGAUGAAGCGGGGCGGCCACCCCGAGGGCGCCCUGGCUGCCCUGCUGGGCCCCGACCCCGCACACAAGAGCGCUGCCCAGGCCAGCGGCAGGAAGUAGGAGCCCAGCCCUCCAGGACGAGCCGCCCCGGCCCCACCCACCCUGGGCGGGCGCUGCCGCUGGCUCCUGAGGAUGUCCCACGUGGGCCUGGGCGUCGCGCAUGGACCAUUAUGAGGGGCACUGGCUCCUGGGGCCCUGGGGGCCUUAGUGACAGAUGGUGCCUGCAGGGGCAGUCUGCAGAGGACACUGCCCAUCCUCCCCACCCCACUGUCUGCGGAGAGGGGCCUGGCGGGCCGGGCGUGCGUCGCUGAGCCCUGCUGCCCGGCCUGGGCAGGGAGUGUCCCCGGGCGCUCACCUGACCCUCAGGAGCCAGGCUCUUCAUCCCCAGCUGACCCGCAGGGCUCCUGGGUCAGGUGGCCCGCACAGGACUCAGACCCUGGCUUCUCUGCUGGAGCCGCGUCCCCUGCAGUCUCCUCCCGCUUCACGAGGAGAUCCAGACAGGCUUGGGCCUGGCCGGCUCCUGAGGCAGCCCGGCUGCAGGGAGACCAGCCAGAGAGGGACGGGACGGGACUGGCAGGCCACACA